AUGAGCACCUCUGUGCUUGAGGAGCUCUAUAAGGAGCUGCUGCCUCUGCCGCUGAAGGCUCUGGUGGUCCCUAAGGAGGAAGUCAAGGAACUCGAGGAAAACAGCGCCUCUCCUGAGCAGACCUUAGUCUUGAUACGUCAGGUCAGUGAGGAAUUGGCAUCGUCCCUCCAUUCCUGGUCAUUCGGGUGGCCCAAUCGGCAUCCUAGUGAACCGACUCGUGUCGAAGAUGGCAGCGUCUCGAAGACUAUUGGUGGCGAGUGGGAUGCUGUUGUGAUACUGCAAGCGAUUCUUAGCGGAGCGAAGCACGUGACUAGGAGUGCCACUAGUCGGCCCGUGACCUUCUGGGUCGAGGCUGAGGAGGUGCUCAGUGGCUGUGGUGCCACUUUGGUAGACCUUUCUGGGCCCUUGGAGAUCGCCCGGACCGUGCAGACGACGAACUUCGACCUUGAACGCCGUUCGUCUGACCUUCUCGCCCGACUGAGUACUGACCAUAAGGCCUCUUCGCAAGGACCCGCUGAGCCUUCACCAGUGGACGCUACGUUAUACGCCGACCUACUGGCCCUCCUCAAGAACGUGGACGAAUGCCCGUGUAUUACGGUGAAAUUCGAGGAGACGCUGCGACCGUUGGUCGCUCGCCUAGCUGGGUGGCAGGAUGGGGCUCGAGAGCUGUUCCAUUGGGAUGGGCAAGGGAGGCCCCUGGAGGGCACCUUCAAACCUAGCAGGGAUGCGGUGGAGGAGUACAUUGAGAACCUCAGAGCCGACGACCAGCUCAUGGGAUUGGUCAGCAUGAACUUCCUUAAUCAAGUUGCAUUUAUUUCGGGUGUCCUUGGGGCUGUCCGAGACGUCCAAGUAUGGGAGAAGGAUCUCGAAACCAUGCUCCAGUUGCCGGAAGGAGAUCUGUCCUUAUCGGCACUCCGCAAGCACGUUGGCCAGCGGUCUCAUCUGGCCAUUGAUUUCCCAUGGUCGGAGAGGACCAAGCGGGCGGCGUUUGAAGCCGACCAGUGGUUGACUCUGCUGCAGAGUCGGCGGUCUAGGCGGCGGCAUCUCGCGUUGAAGACGGCAGAAGAGAUCCUUCGAGCAACGCUGCCACCAGAAGAGGGAGACGAGUCGGGCUUUACGAGGGAGAUAAUCAAUAAGAGUCGGGAGUGUGUAGCUCUGAAAAAGCAUGUGGAGGCGGCCAAGCGGCAUUUACAAGAAGCCAUCAAGGCCAUCCAAGCCAGUCAUGAAGCUCGGGCCGCGCUCCCUGGAGAAGAGCCCUCCAACUCGGUCGAGCAUGAGGAUGCCUUGUCUGGGCUGGCGGACGAGGGCAAGAAGCUGUAUGUGCAGACUGGUGUUGGCAAGUGGCUCGCUCUCGAGCUAAGAGCACGCAAUGAUAACAAACGUCUACGAGGGGCAUUCGAGAAGGAUGACUGCACGUUGGAAGAGGCCCAACAGAUCUGUCAGAGUGUCAGUUCUCCACCACCCAGCUCAGGGAACCAGCAGGAGCAGCGAACCCCGGUG